AUGACUGAAGUCGAUGUCGUUUUGCCGGAGGGCGUGGCCGAGCCCACGACAAAGCUUGCCAGCGCAUCAAAUAGUCCGAAACAGUCCAAAACAUCAGCAGACGAUGAUGAGCAGCGUGUCAGAACAGAGGACGAGGAGGAGCAGCAGGAGGAGGAACACUUGACAGAGGCACCAUCAAAGGAAAAGUUAGAACUUCUCUCCACCGGCGAUAAGGACAUCGCCAAAGAGGAUGUGGCUCAGGCUUCUCCACAAGCUCCAGCGCCCGAAGAGAUAAUGGAGGUGGACGACAACGAGGAGGUGGUGGAAAAUGAGGUGGAGAACGACGACGAGGACUCACAGAUCACCAGUACCAGUUCCAAAGAGCACAAGCUGGGAGAAGAAGAUGAGGAAGAGGAGGCCACCACCAAUGGGGAUGGGGAUCAUGAACCCGAGGACGAAGACGAUGCCGAAAAGAUCGGUAGCACGGCGGAAAAUAGCUGCGAGGCUGAAGAUCCCUUGGGGGCAGCCACAGUUCAGGGAGAAGAGCUGGUCAGCAGGAAGAAAUCCCAGCUGGAUGCCGAUGAGAGUAUGGCCAGCGAAUUAGAGGACGAUGAGCCUACGGCAAAGCAGGAGAAUGGGUUUGCUGCCAGUCCUAAGCAAAAAGAGAAUGGCCAGGCCAGUUUAGCGGAGACCAAGGCUGCUGUCGCCUCCUCUGAUAGCGCUGUGGUUAACCUGGAUGAGGACAGUGACGAGGAAAUGGAGGAAAUCACGGAGCACAAGGAGGCGGAUAAGCCCACGGAGCAGGCAGCCAAACCUGCCUCCUGUAGCGGUGGUGAUUCAUCAGACGAUGCCGUGCUGAUAGCCUCAGACUCGGAAACGGAGUCCCCGGCUCCACCGCCGCCAGUGAAGAAGCUUCCCCCAGUAGUCAAGGCAACGCCGCCGCCGCCACCUGUGCAGGAAGAUGAAGAUGAUGACGACGACGAUGACUGCGUCGUAAUUGAAGACGACACACCGCCAAGUAUUUCGCCCAGCAGCAAACGCAAGAGCGACCUGGAUGAGCUGCAGCAACCCAGUCACAAAAGGCAGCGUAGUUCGACGCCUUCAGGAAUGGGACAGCUAACCAUAAAGGACGCCCGUUCUCUCAUGCCACUGGAUGGCAGCCCGAGUUCUGUGCCAGGACCCCGGGAUUCAGUCUAUCCGGUGACCAUAACAAAUGCUGUGACGGGAGCGGCAACCAAUCUGGGUGUUGUGCCGCCUAAGUUGGUUCCCAUGGCGGGAGGCAUAACCGCAAGCCCAGUGCAGCUGAAUCCGCCUACUCUAUCGCUUACCGGACUGCCCAGCAUGACCAACAAUGCUAACCUGCUGCCCGGACUCACAGACGAUAUGUUUGUCCUGGAAGCACCCUCCUUCAUUGUUCCCUACAUUUACGAGAAGCCACCGCACGAGAAUAUCUGCGAGGUGGUAAAAGCCAUUGAGACCAAGUAUGCGCUAUCUGCAGAGGAUUUGGCUGAAGCGGACAAGGGUGACGAGUUUGACAUGAUGACCGAGCAAAAUAAGGAGGAUAAGCCAGCCGAUCAAGCUGACGAUGGCGGCAAAAAGAAAAAGAAGAAGCGGGGCGACGACGAGUCCUGGUCAGAGCAAUCGGACGAUGAUGAUGACGAAGACGACGACGAUGAUUCGGAAUCAGGGAUGCGCACAAAGGUGCUGAUCAAGGAGGCAAAUGACGACUUGAGCGCACUGAAAGUUGCCAUUAAGCCCGCCGCCGCCUUAGCCACAGCAGGCGGAGUAUCUGCCAACAAUCCAGGAGGCAGCAAGCCCGGACAGGAGAACUACUUUGAAAGUCCGCUGGGAAAGUUCUUCAUGGACAUUGGUGUGGGUCUGGUGCAGGAGUACGUACAGGCGGAUCUGUUGCGCCUGCAGAAGCGGAAGAUGCGCAAGGCUCAGGUGCAAAAUCCCAAGGAGUUUGAGAUGGCUAUCAAUGCGCUGUCGGGCAAUCUGCAGGCAUCCAAGACGAAAAACGCUCCCUUCAAGUUCCGGAUGAAGCGGUGCGAGUUCUGCAACUUUAAGUCGGAGUCUGCUAUGGCGAUGGCCAAUCAUUACGAGACGCCGCACAUGAACGGAGUGCUGUAUAAGUGCAACUUCUGUACGUUUGAGAUAAGGAACGCAACUGAGAUUGUCUACCACAUGGAGGCUGUGCACAACAUAAAGGCGCGACUAAUCAAGCCACUGCCGUACCACCAGUGUCCCAACUGCGGCUUUGAGGACAAUGGCAAGGCGAAGCUGGCGCGUCAUCAGCCUGUUUGCGCCAAGAAGUUCCGGCCGGAGCUUAACCUGGCACCGCCCAAUGACUGGGAGGCACCGGCCAAGAUUCCGCGCAUCAAGCCACGUCAUGGUCUUGUAGGCACCGCCACCGCUUAUCAGGCCAUGGCUGCACAGGCGGCGGCACAGAAGGCUGCCUUGGCUAACAUCCAGCAGCAGCAGGCGGCGGCGCAGGCCAGGAAUAAUUUGCAGGCAGCCGCUUUAGCUGCCCAAAAUGCGGCGAAGAUGCGACAGCGAGCCCCGCAGCCUCCCAAGCAGAAUAUGGUGCGCAAUCCUGCGCCUGUGCGAGGAGGCAAUUCGAUGAAUGCGAGUCUAUCGUUGCCUAACAGCUACCAGCUGGCUGCCGGACAGCUUGUGCAGGCGUCCAAGAAGCCGAUGGCCGGACAGCCCAGCAUCUCGAUAACGCCAUUACCUCGUCAGAGCUCGGUGGGCGCCGGAGCGGGUGCGUCUUCCAGCAAGGCGCCCCAAGCGGCUGCAGGGAUGAAGCCUGGUCAGAGUCCGAGCGGCAACAACAAGGCGCAGUUUGUCAUCUGCGAGAUUUGCGAUGGCUACAUUAAGGAUCUGGAGCAACUGCGCAACCACAUGCAGUGGAUGCACAAAGUGAAGAUUCAUCCCAAGAUGAUCUACAACAGGCCGCCAUUGAAUUGCCAAAAGUGUCAAUUCCGAUUCUUUACGGAUCAGGGAUUGGAGCGACAUUUACUGGGUUCCCAUGGCUUGGUCACAAGCUCUAUGCAGGAGGCUGCUAACAAGGGCAAGGAUGCCGGUCGCUGUCCAGUCUGUGGAAGGAUGUACCAAUGGAAGUUGCUGAAUCACGUGUCACGCGAUCACCACAUGACCCUAAAGCCCGCUCACCUGUCCUACAAGUGCACCGUUUGCACGGCAACCUUCGGCAUGUACAAACAGUUUGAGACGCAUGUCUAUACCGCCCACAGUACUGUGGCCAGGAAGGCGAUGGACAGCAAGAAGAACAGUGCGCAGUCUAGCGGGUCGGGAUCUGGAGCAGGGAUGUCGCGCAGUUCGUUGGGAGCGGCCAAUGACUCGCUGCUGAAGCCGCUUAAGAUUAACGAUGAGAUCACUAUCAUACCACAGCCCGCAUCAAAGCCACGCAUCACAAAUAUGGAGAGUCAUGUCAUAGAUUAAAAUGCGUGUUGGAUCAACCAAAAACCUAAUCUCGCAAAGUUUGCAGCAUUGACAGCGCUUUAACUUUAGUUUCGUUUAUAAGCCGAAGGCGACCUUGCCGCCCCAAGGUCACGCCCUUUUACUUCUGUAAGUCGAAUUGUAUAAAGAGCAUGAGUAUAAGCAGAAACUGAAACGGAGGAGGAGAUGGAGCAGAGUGGAAAGCCGGUGUCAGCCACCUGUGUGACCUGUGACCCCCUGACUAAACUAAUCUAGAGUAGUCCGUACUCGCUGCGGUUUAAUCACAAACACAACAGCUACAGGAUACGCGAUACACAUAUAAAACGCUAACGGCAUAGAUACAGAUACAGAUUAGAGAUACUAGUUACGGAUCUUAGUUACAUACGUUUUGGAGUGUGCACAUAAGUUGAAGUUGUAGCUACUACUAAAAUAUACCACAUACAUACAUAUAUAUUUAACUAUAUUUAAAGCAUAUUAUGAAGAAGCCGCCAGAGCGCAUCGUCAGCAUGAUGACUAUGUAAAUUAGUUAAAAACUAAACUAUUUAUACGAGAACUACGAGUAUCCAAAUGUGUGUUGCAGUAUGUAUAUACAUUUUGAAUAGGUCUCCGCCCACGUAAUUGGUGUGCUUCGUUUCGUUCUCCUCUCGAAUCUUCUAGCUUAUUUUUGCGAUUAGUCGAUGAGGCAAAGGGGGAGUGACUCGGAACGGAGCGUUGUGGAGAGAACUCUUAUAAACUGAUCUGAGAGACGUUCGACAUUUUAAUUUUUGUGUACAAGUUUAAACUUAUAUUUAUAUUACACAUUAUCUAUUAAUAUUAAAGUAUAUAUCAUCUAUUACCACCUAAGAUCAACAUGUACUACAGUUAUAAAGCAAAACCACACAACCAA